AUGUCUGUAAAACAGCUGCUCAAGGCAGCCAAGGCAGCCAUUGAAAGAAACGACCCAGAAGACGCCAUAUACUAUGCCGAUGAAGUCCUUGAAGAAGACAAAAAUAACUACUACGCCUAUAUCUUCAAGGGCAAGUCGUACCAGCUUCUAGGCGACUUUGAGAAGGCCAUGAAGCCAUUCCAGAAAGCCAUAGAUCUUGAUAAAGACCAGCUACUUGGCUGGAAAGGAUACUUCCAGAGCGUCAGAUCACAAGCAGAUUUUGACAAAUUUUUCGAGGUCUUCACCCAGUAUGUUGAAAAACUAGUGGAACAGGGCGUCGCCACUGGAGAUGCCGUCAAAGAUCUUUAUGCAUACUUGAAGGCAAACAAAUACCACGAAGAUACAGCAUUACAUGAAAAAUACCUACGUGCAAUUCUCCCAGGCACGCCACUUAGAGAGCUUUUGGGCAACUCGGUGGGUACUGAGGAUGAAUCGAUCAAGAAGCUCAUUACCGUCACCAAAAACAACCAAGACGAACAGGCCAGAACGAUACUCGCGAAGGAGAAGAUGAAGUUGCCUAGAAACCUCACAGUGCAGCAGCAGGCCAAGCUACAUGCCAUUGAGUGGAGCAUUCGCCUGGAUUCAGAUCUUCCCAAUCUCUACAGACAAUUCCUAGAUGUCUGUGACGAUGACGAGCUCAGAAGGUCGUACGAGGCUGAGUUGUUGAAAUACUUGUACAAUUUGCUUAAAAUCUCUCCGGAGAAGGCCGACCUUUUGAAGGAAGUCAAGCUGUUGUGUGGUGAUAUGGUCCUUUUGGGCACCAACGACCUUUUCGCAUGGACAUUGUACUUUGACCUCCAGGACCCCAAGGCCAUAGAAGAUCUCGACGAAAACGAGGUCCUCACGUUUAUCAAGAAGUUCAGAACGGAAGGCUUGGGCGUGUUCUUGUAUGCCUACUUGAUGAGUGAUCUUGGACCAUUCAAUACCGAGAAGGUCCAGAAGGAAUUGGGACUCAAGGAUGUAUCCAAGGACGCCUCUGACGAAAAUAAUGAGAGCAACGAGAAUAAUGACGAUGUUGAGGACGAUAACGGAAAUGACAUUUCUCCGGCCGAGAUCCUUCUGAUGAUGCUUGAGGGCUACUCCAAGGCUACCAGCUCUAUGAUGGCUCACCGUAUCAUCUGCAGCUACUUCGUCAACCUUCAGGAAUAUGACUCUGGCUCUCAACGAUGCACUACUGCAAUCCGUCAUCUUGCUGAGCUUCAAAGAACCUACGGCAUCGAACUAGUAAACUGCAAAAGGGACAUUUUGUGCCUGCUUGCCACAAUCUACACAUACCACGAAGCACCCAAGAACUUUGCUAGGGCUCUAGAGCUCUACGACAAGAUUCUUAUUGGCGAUGCCGAAAACACACAAGCCAUGAUUGGUAAGGGUCUUAUAUUGUUGGAAAAGAUGGAGCUCGAUGGAGCUAACGAAGCCCUCUCCAAGGUUCUUGAGAAGUUUCCCGAGGAUGCAACUGCACUCAAGGAGUUGGGUUGGUGUCUUGUGUUGCAGAAGCAGUACGAAAAGGGUAGAGAGCUUCUUCAACAUGCCCUCAAAAGCUCGAAAGAUAUGUCUGUGCAUGGACUGGAGACAAAGGCUGCUAUCAAAUGGCGUCUUGCUAAGAGUUAUCUCUGGGAGGACUCUUCUAGUGAAACUAACGUUCAAGCAGCUUUUGAUCUUUUGAUCAGCUCAUUGAAGGACUCGAAAACAUACGCACCAUCGUACACAUUGCUUGGUGUUUUAUACCACGAUCACUAUAACCAGAAAGCUCGUGCCCAAAAAUGCUUCUACCGUGCAUUCGAGCUUGAUGUUGGUGAAAUCACCUCAGCAAAGUACCUCGUGACAGAGCUUGCUGAAAAGAACGAGUGGGAGGUCAGUGACAUCUUGUGUACUCGUGUUGUGACGUCGGAAAAAAGCCGUCGUAUGUUGUCCAGUGCUCUUUAUGAAGAUCCUGAUAAGUCCUGGCCAUACAGAGUUCUUGGAAGCUCUGCAUUGAACAGGCAAGACGACGCCAAAGCCAUUGAGUGGUUCCAAACUGCCCUUCGUAUGAAGGCCAUGGAUGUUCAAUGCUGGAUUGGACUUGGUGAGGCGUACUACAACUGUGGUCGUAUUGAUGCUGCUAUCAAGGUGUUCAAGCGUACCAGCAAGAUGGAUCCUGAGUCAUGGAUGCUCAAGUACAUGCUCGGUGUUGCAACCUGUGAGAUUGGUGAUUACAGUGCUGGUCUUGAAAUUUUGAAUGAGGCCCUUGAAGCAAGACCAGAGGAGGAGUGUUUGCUCAAUGCCAUCUAUGAGCAGUCAAUUGGCUACAGUGCCCAGCUUUUGCUUGGAGGAUUCACCGGUAGAACUUUGAAGAUCUCUGAUGGUGCUUUAGAUGCCAUUCACAGAGCUGUUUCGGUGAACAAAGCUUCCCAGAAUUUGUGGAGAGCACUCAACAACACGCUCAAAAUCAGAAUCAACGUUCAAUCCGACAUUCAGAACUUCCCAAUUCAGAAGGUGGUGGACAUCUUGAAACAUGUCGAGUUGCCAUCGGAUGAUGUUGUUUCCGUUGAUGCAGCUCAGAAGCUUUUCCAAGAAGAACAGUUUGUGGAGGCCAUUGGUUUGCUUGGUAUUCUCGUUGCACAAAGUGCCAUAGCUGUACUCCCCAGCAAAGCCAACAAAUACCAAAAGUCGAUUACUCUUUUCAACUUGGGUGUGGCUUACCUAGAGGCAUUCAACUGUGCAGAUGAGCGUAACGAAAAACUCCUUGACAAGGCUAUCCAGUCCAUCAAGGACGCCAUCAAGAUCGAAGGCAGCAACGCUCAAUUCUGGUUGGCUCUCGGAAACGCUUUUGUUUCCAGAAACCCAGAGAUUGCCCAGCACUGCUACAUCAAAGCGUCUGUGCUCGACAACAAGGACCCACAGGUGUGGACCAACUUGGCAGCUUUGUACUUGCGUUUUGGUGAUUCAGAGCUUGCACAAGAAGCAUUUGACAGAGCUACGUCUGUUGCACCUGAUCAGUCAAAGUCCUGGUUGGGUAACGCUUUGACUGCUGAUGCCCUUGACGACAAGCAGACUGCGUCGAGACUUUUCACUCACGCUUACAUCAUUUCCAAUGGCAGAUUACCGUUGGCCCAGCUCUGCUAUGCCAUGUCGAUCGUCAACGCUAGAAUCGGUAAUUCCAAAGACUCCAGAGAUGUCGAAGCCGCUCAGGAGUUCAGUAUUGCCAACUUUGCCAUUCAAGCCUUCCUCAAGUUCCAUCCAAACGACGAGGUUGGAUUGAAAAUGGCGCUUCUCUUGAGUGAGCGGUGUCACACGUACAAUUUGGCGAUUGAGUCUGGAAAGAGGCUUUGUGACCUUUUGGAGAAGAAGUACGAGAGCUCCGAGAGCGAGGUUGUUCUUGUUGAGUACGCAAAGGCCAAGACGCAGUUGGCGAGAAUUUAUUUGGGAUUGGCCAAUUACGGUGACGCCAUAGACAAUGCCCAGGUGACCUUGGAUGUUUUGGAAGAGGAGGAAGAGACUCAGGAUGUGAGAGAGGCGAAAUUGUCGUCACGCAUUGUCAUUGGAUUGUCCUUCUUUUUCAAUGGCCAGUUUGACGAGGCCAUGGAGGAGCUCAAGAUUGUGCUUGAGACACACGGCCAGUCACAGAGAAUGGUGACUUUGAUUGCCCAGGUGCUCAAUGCAUACGGCACCUCCGAGACCAAGCAGGACGCCUUGGACCAGCUUUUCGCUUUCAUCGAGGAAAACGGCUCGUCUCUUCUUGUUGUGCUCACCUUGGGCGCCAUUUCCGUGGUGGACCAGCUCGAAGACUAUUACGAGCCGAUCAAGGAGGAGCUCUCGAACUUGUCGCUUGAGGAGCUCAUUGCUGACUCUUUCCGCAUGGUGCCGCAGCUUUUGGCGGAAGUGGAGCAGACGCAGGUUAGAAAGAGAGGUGUGUGGCAGAAGUUCGCUAUGCUUUUCCCCAGCGACUUCAAUGUGUGGAAGAACUUGAGUCGGACCAUGGCCUUGGACACGGCGCUUUUGCCUACAUCCAAGAGACCAGCGUUUGACUUAGCGGAGGCGUACGUGGAGAAGGGUUCCAGAAGAGAGAUACAGCCUGAUAUGACAGAUAAGGCCGUAGCAGCCGCCAAGGCGCCGCCGAAACAGCAGAACACGAAGCUCCUCCAGGUGAUCCAGAACUUCUUCACCAAAACCUCCCAGAUCAUCUUGCAAACGCGAUCGGUUGCGGAUCCGACGGUGUUUGACUAUGGCUCCUCCGACACCACAGACAGCAGGUCCAAGACCAACAAGUGGUUCAAUUUGAAUAUCGCAUCGCCGGGCGACGACUGGAUCAAGGACGAGAUGAAACUCUGGAAGUCCUUUUCCGAUCUCUCCCAGCUCCACCCGAUGAUUAUAGAAACCUACUUGGACUUGCGCCAGCUAGAUCCAAGAGAAACUGUGGCGUUGGAAGACGACACGGGCAAUUCGUGGACCGUGGCCAAGGGCGGCCUCAAGAAACAGGAGGUUGUCGUGGAGCGCUGGCUCAUUGAGUUUGACCGCUCGGUGUGCUCCGAUGCUGACUCAGACGAGCUCCCACUUAUCUACAAGCAGGCAAUUGUCUUGCUUCGUGUGAUCUACGGCUACGCCCGCCUUCUUCCCGCCUAUAAGCUCCGCAUGAUACUCUGCCAGCAGUCUGGCAAGGGUCUUGCGCUCAUGAACAAGAUCAUCGAUGGGAAGCAGCCCAUCAGCUCCAAGGGCCGCAUAGGCUUGUCCAAGUCCAUCAUUCCCCACCAGAUGCUUCUUACAGAAUCACACAUGACGCAGAAGUCGUUCGAACCCGUCAAGACCACCGCAGGCUCCCUCAGGGUGUCGGUGGCAUACAGAAACCACUACCGGUUCACCGUCCAGGAUAACGAGGAGAUGCUUUCCAACCACUUCUGGAACACCGACCAGGAGAAGUUGGCAGCACUGCUUGACCGCUCCCACAUCUCGGACACACCAUCCCACUCUGCAUCGGACUCCCGCUCGGCGCUGGUCUCCCAGGAGGAAGCCAAGGCGCCCAAGGAGCCCACCAACUUUGCAUUAAACACCACGAAGCAGUCCGUUCUGCCAUGCACUUCCGAGCACCAGCCGGAUCAUCACAAUGAAACGUCGCCCACAUCGAAAACCUCCACCAAUCGUGUCAAGCAGGUGCUGUACGCCCAGCCUGCUGCAAGCGUGCAAAGACCAAGCAUCCAGCCUUUCAAGGUUGGCUCUAUCAGCAACUCGCCUCCCAGCGGUAACAUCUCUUUUGCAUCUGGCGCCGCUGGAAGCGUCGCUGGUUCGACGAUGGAGCGGAGGAUCUCUAUUACCAGCAAUAAGUCUGGCUCGAAUGCCUCGCUCGCAGCUUUGUUGAGAAAUCCAAGAGGCUCGACUUCAUCUUCGAACACACCCACCGUUGCUAUUUCUGGCUCUCAUGGUAAUAAUCCUGGUGCGGUAUUCCCCAGGUCGAUCUCGUCGUCGCAUGGAUCUCAUCUCCACGACGACCUCAGCGAGUUGUCGGGAACACCAAGAUUCUCAUCGUCAUUUGGCUCUCGUCAAAGCAGAAGGUUCAGCAACACGAGUGCUCGUAGCUCCGUUGCCAAUGAGCCUGGUGCUUCACUCUACGGUGCUAGUGUGGAGCUGACUACCUCAUCAGGUGCACCUCUCAGUGGUCUCUACCUUGAUGACGACAUCAGCACCUUCGUCCGCAUGAUCGACUGUAAGUCUGAUCUCAGGUUGAGCAGCACUGUGUCAAAGACAAACUCCAGACAUACUGAUAGCAACUCGCUGAUUGACGCCUUGAGCAAGUUCCAGCUGUUGAAGGGCCAGCACCAGCAGUUGAGCGACUCGGUAAAUGCUAGCGUCAUUUUCCAGCAUAACCAAGGUGGCUCGUUCCACAGCAACUCGCGAGGUAUCAGCCGUCCUAGCAGCCGCAAAUCUUCGCAUUCAAGAGCUCUGCCUUCCCCCUCCAUUUCUCCAAGCUCAUACGACAACCACUUGCCGUCGAUCACAUCAAAGCUUGAGCUGCAUGGUCUGGAGCACAGCAUUUCACAUUUGAGGCCAAGAAGCAGACAGGCGCUGCAAAUCAGUGCCCAAAUUCCACAGAACUAUGGCAGAACACGGUUGGCGUCCUCGCCUACCGUAACCAGCACAUUGACGCAUGCUGUGCACAGACCCGAAGGCCCAGAGGUAACAGGCUUAUCUACAACUCCAUCUGUGUAUGAUAGAGCCAAACGGCCAAUCAAGUACGAAGACGUCUUUGAUGACGAGGAAGAAGACGCAAGUGACUACUUUAUGAGGAGAGUGGAAUCCGACCCCACGGGCUCCCGCACGCACGAAGAAAUGGGCUUCGACAAUGACGACUUGCUUUUUGAGAUGACAGAUACAAAAUUCUUAGCGACUUCCUCCGACUCAGGAUCUCUGCCGAUAGAGUUGUAUGACCUACGAGUGAAGCAAAACAGGCUUCGAGACGAUCCAUAUCAAAGAAAGAUUAUCCUGAGCUUAUCGAUAUUGCAUGAAAAGCUUGAAAACUACGAACCUCCCCAGAUUGAGAAUCCAGAUGUAGAGAGUCUCAAACCCAAAAUAGGAAUCGCCAAAAUAUUUGAUUCGUUCCUCGGUUCCAAGAAGAAAGAACUAAACACUAUAGACAUCCCUGAAAACGAGAUAAAGGGCAUUUACUUGUGGGGAGACGUUGGGUGUGGAAAAACCAUGCUCAUGGACCUUUUUUACCUGUCAGUCCCUAAUCAUCUUGCCAAAAAGAGGUUCCACUUCCACCAGUUCAUGCAGAAUCUACACAAACGCUCCCACCAACUCAAGAUAGAACACAAACACAUGGAUCUAGAUGUCAUUCCUUUGUUGGCGGCCGAGAUUUCCCAACAAGCCACAGUUUUAUGUUUUGACGAGUUCCAGGUCACCGACGUUGCAGACGCCAUGUUGCUCAGAAGGCUCAUGACCUUGUUGAUGAGUCCCGAUUAUGGCGUCAUUUUGUUUGCCACGUCCAACAGAGCGCCUGAUGAUUUGUACAUGAACGGUAUUCAGAGAGUCUCGUUUGUCCCGUGUAUCCAGCUUAUCAAGAAGCAAACACGUGUGAUUUACUUGAACUCGCCUACCGAUUAUAGAAAAGUGCCCCGCCCCGUCUCCUCCGUCUACCACUAUCCUAAGCCAGGCGUCAAGUAUCACAGUAAGGUGAAUGCGGCUGCGUGCCGGAAGCAUAUCCUGCAAUGGUACGACUACUUCAAUAGAGACGACCAAAUGGAGGAAGCCAAGAUCAAUGAGGAGCUUACCGUGUGGGGCAGAAAGCUUAUUGUUCCAAAGAGCUCACAUCCUUACGUUGCACAAUUCACAUUUGAAGAGCUCUGCGGCCACAACCUUAGUGCCGGUGACUACUUGACAUUGGCCAACACGUACAAAGCAUUCAUUGUCACUGACAUUCCUUACUUGAGUAUAGAGGCAAGAAACGAGGUGCGUCGGUUCAUCACGUUCCUUGAUGCCGUGUAUGAUGCGCAUGAUUGUUUGGCAACCACUGCUGCUGCGCCAUUCAAAGAUUUGUUUGUGGAGCCCGAAGACCUUCAGAAAGAUAACUUCGAGCUCUACCAGCGCCAAAAAAAUAAAGGCGCCGAAGAGACCUUCGAGGAUGACGAGUUGGUGGUGCGCCAUGGCUUCGACAAGCUGAUAGCAAAGAAGGCAUCCAUGUUCGUCAACGACGAGGAGAAAUUUGCAUUUGCGCGUGCACUCAGUAGACUCACACAGAUGGGCACGACAGACUGGGUGGAGUCCAGUACCGGCGAUACCUAG